GUGGGCGUGGUCUAAGUAAAUACAGCGAGCGAGUGACGCAAGUGCGUCUUCUCUGAGAAGUUAUCUCUGUUUGCGCAACUGUCGGUGGAGAUCGUAGUCUGACAUCGCUGGGAGGAAAAUGUCCUGUUGGUUGAGGGAACAAACGUUGAUGCUGGUAGAAGAUUACAUCGGGUUCUGCAGCGGGAUCCAACAGACGCCUCCCAGCGAGUCAGCAGAGGCCAUGAGAUACCUGGCCAAAGAGAUGGAGCAACAGCACAGAACCAAAUUCCAAGCUCUCUCCCAAGAAUUCAUUGACGCCUGUGGAUCGGAUCCCAGCAAGUGUCUUCAGGGUGUUAUGAGGGAACUGGUGGUAGAUGGAAAACUGAACUGGGGUAGGGUGGUCUCCAUCUUCACUUUCGCUGGUGUGCUGGCCAGCGAGUUGACCUCCAGAGGAGAGAAUUGCGAGCGCUCCCAGAGACUGGCCGAGACCAUAGCUGACUAUCUGGGAGGGGAAAAACAAGACUGGCUGGUGGAAAAUGGAGGCUGGGAGGGUUUCUGCAGGUUUUUCCACAACGCAAGACAGCUGAACCAAGAGUCGUCGAUGAAGACAGCACUGUUCGCAGCGGCCGGAGUGGGUUUAGCUGGCCUAACCUUUCUCUUAGUACGCUAACAUUUUAGUUGCUAUUCUCUUUCACACACACCUGCUCUUUUGUUUUCUGUCAUUGGACAAGGUAAAAAUGGCUCUUAAAGAGAAACUGGUCGUCAAGUUCUCAGACGAAUGUUUUUUGCACAUUUUUCAAUGUCCACACCUGUAACUGUAGCAACUGGUCAUUCAUACAUACAUGUUGAUUGUACAUUAUUAAUAUGGCCUUCUGGAAACAAGAUUGAAGUUCUGAUUCUUUACAUAUCUAAUAUGGUGCUUUUGAUUUUGUAAUUGCUUUUGACACUUGUUCCUGUGUAAACCUUGUUAGUUUAGAUAGCAUUUACAGUUAAUUUUGUGAGAAUGAAACCACAGUUUGUAAUGUUUUUUCAGUCACGCCUUCAGUACAAAAACAAUAAGAUGCUUCACUGAUCACAGUCACAAACCAUUGUAACACAUUAGACAAAAAGUGCAUAUACUUCAUAAUGACAGAGCAAUUCUUGACGGUAUAAGGAGUUUGACCACUUUUCGCCUUGACUGCUGGUUUACGCACAAGCGUUUACACCUUUGCAAUGUCUCUCAGUUUUGUCCGGGAAGUCAUUUGUGUUAAAGGUGCUAGCUUGUUCAACUCAAGCAUCUGUGAUAUUCUGCCCAAUUGUAAGUGACCAGUUUACAUUGUAAAUUUAUUUAUUUACCUCUUUCAGAAUUAUUACUGUUUAGGCAAUUCCCAACAAUUUAAAAACAUUAUAUUUUUGCAUUGUUUUAUUUAUUAACUUCUCUCUUAAUAAAAUGUGUUUUAUAUUGGA